AUGGCCCAAAAUAUUAAUUUCACCUGCUACGUAGUCAAGAACUUCACUCACUGGUAUGAAGCAUCUGAAUUCCAGAGAAUUCAGACAAACCAGGCUACUGGCAGAGCACCACAAUAUUGUUCACAGGCAUCAAGCUUGGAUGGUUAUGCCUGCAUGCAACAGCUCGCUCCUUAUUUUGCUCUCCACUGGAGAAUUGGUGGCAAAAUAUCAGCCUUGCAAGACCAAUCCGAUAAGGCACACAAUGUUGCUGUGGGAGAAAUUGCUUUUGCAAUGAUGGGAUUGACACCGGGUUGGGUUGGAUUGGCCUUUGCACAAAAGCAAGGAGAGAUGGCUCCAGCCGAUGGCAUCAUAGGCUGGCUCUCUGAUGGUGUGGCAACUGUGAAGGCUUACAAGAUACACAGCCACACAGUUCGCCUUGGUGAUGAAGAUCGCACGAUUUGCUUGCGUAACGCAAGUGCAACCGAAGAGAAUGGGUUUACCACGAUUGAGUUUAGGCGACUCAUGCGUGCUGGAAGAGUGCACAUUCACCCAACAAAGCCCAUGUUUGUAAAUUUUGCCAUAGGGAGAGAGGAUGGGCUGACCAAUCAUCACCAUAGGGGCAGAGGAUCAGUUUUGCUGAGUCUGGAUUCUGAGAAAUCUCCGGUCCAUUGCUGUGCCAUUCAUGCUUCCCUGAUGUUGAUUGCGUGGCUUGGAUUGCUGCCGCUGGUUGAGUACAAAGGGAAAGGCCAUUUGUUGUCAGUUAAGCCUUGCUGGAAUGUCCAUGGUACCCUGCUUCCUUGA